AUGCAAGAGACGACAGGCAGCGCUUCUUCAGCAAGGGUCGAGAGAGCAGUGGUUGUUUCUGGCGUGUUGGCGAUGUCGAGCAUGCCGAGAGAAUGUCAGGGCCGGGCCGUCAUCCUGGACGACGACGUUGCACCCCUGCCAGUUCGUGUCGCCAUGCCAGCUGUUGCCCUUGACAGGCUCGGGAAACGAUUGGUAGUGGCCACGGAACAACUUUGGCAGGCAGGCAUUCGGCUCGUUCUAUGUGCAGCACACGUCCACGAGGAGUGGACAGGCUCAUUGUCUCAGCGCGGGAUUGCGGUGCUGCAUUUGGUCGAUGAGGAGGAGCUCGCUGUGUUGGAAGCGCGCUGCGGCAUCACCCGGAGGGUCCGCUUGGGCAGUGAUGAUGUGGCCACUUUGAAAGCUGCAGGGUUCCAGCUCGAGUCGUUCAGGCCCAUGCAGAAAUCUUCAGAAGGGCUGGCAGGAUCUCGAGCGUACUGGCUACUUGGUCUGAGCCGACAGAGCGAUCGCACUCCCGCAAGCUGCUUGCUGCUCCAAGCGAGCUCGAGCAGUUUGGCCCUCGAGCAUCGACUAGCAAUCCUUCGUCUCUUGCUGGUGGUUUUGCACGGAUUCCAGGAGCCCCGUGAUCUCAUCGCAGGAGGCUUGGCCUUCGAAGUGGCUUUGCUGCGCAGGGCGCGACGGAAGAUCACAAACCCUCGUGGCCCAGAAGACAGGACUGUGGAAAGUAACGCAUUCCACAUCCUGGGAGUCGAAGAUCCAGCUAAGGCGGUACGCCUGGAGGGUCUUUCCUGGUCCCUCCUCGAGGCUUCCUUGCUGGAGGUGGUGGAGGCCUUCAUUGCGAAUCUCCUUGGAUGUCACGGGGGCGCAGGUGCACGACUGAGAAGUGCAGGAAGGACUGCUAGACUGCUCGCCUCGGCCAGCGCAUCAGAGCUGGGUGAUGUGCCUGGGAUGCUAGCGGUUCCUGGCGGCUUCUACAGCUUCGUGGUAGAGCCCGGCAUAGGCGCUUGCGAGGAUUCCACUCCUCGACCUGUGGAGACUGCACACCUGAAGUUGCAGCAGCUGCGGGCUAUGUGCAGUUUGGUACGGCAGCUGUGUCGCUUGGAUCCUUCCUGCGUGGAUCGAGGACAUCUCCCGGGCUGA